AACCGGGCCCGUAGACACCCUAAACUGCGGGGAAAACGAAUUCCAAUUUUCCGAGUAAUUUCCACCAUUUUUUCCCGGAACCCGUGGAAACUCUGCUAAUUUGGAAAUCCAAUAGAAACAGAGUCUCUCGCUCUCUCUCUCUUUCUCUCGUGUCCACUGUCAAACGGCAUAUACUAGUACUAGGGCUUGGAGCUUCUAAUUUGGUUGGAUACGAAGGUGAAAAUGCACAAAUCUCUUGUGCACAAUCACUCCUUCGAUACCUAAAGCUAGGGCUAUUCAUCACCAGACACUCGCCACUCUCAUGCUGAGCUCUAAUUUCACCCACCCUCUCCCCCAAAGCCCUCUCCUUCUAUCUUCCUUCUCUUGGUUCAGGGUUUCAAACCCUGCCCACAUAACCCUUUCUUCCCAAAAUCGAAGUUUGCGGAUCUCUGAAGCUCAAGUCAGGCCUUUGAAAAAGAAGUGGCAAAUUUCAUGUUUUAGGCAUGAAGAAUUUCCGUCAGGGAGUUCAGAGGCGGAGCCCGAGCCCGAAUUUGUUGAGGAGAUUCUUCAUGAAGAGUUAAGGAAGUCUGAAAUUGACAAACCAAGUGUCGCUAAAAGAGAUUGGAUUUCAAUUCUAGUAGAGGCUGUUGAUGUAGUGCUUAGACUGAUUGGAAAACCAUGGACUGUACCGUGGACGGCAGAAACCAUUCUGCAGGUUAUACUCCUUUGGAUUGUCUCAUUCUGGUUUGUGGGCUCUUGGAUGAUUCCAUUUGGAGCCCACAUGGCAGGUUUCAGCAAGGAAUCCCUAAACUAUAGAGGGCAGGCCUUUUUCAGCCUUUUGACUGAUGUGACCGAAGGCCUUGCUGGAAUUGCUAUCCUUCAUCGCUGUUUGUCUCAGUUUCGCCCCCUUCCAUCUGAUUGGUUUAAAUUUAGUCUGCGAGGUAACUGGCUGUUUGAUGUUGUUGUGGGAUGCUUCAUGUUUCCGUUGGUCAAUCGGCUGUCACAGUUCAACCUUAACCUAUUACCUGUUCUGCCUUCUACUCCUGUUACUCUAUCAAGUGUCGAGGCAUCAAUUGUUGCACGGGAUCCUGUGGCAAUGGCACUGUAUGCUUUGGUACUUGUAGUGUGCGCUCCUGUGUGGGAGGAGAUUGUCUUUCGGGGCUUCCUUCUCCCCUCCUUGACCAAGUACAUGCCUGUUUGGUGCUCAAUACUAGUGAGUUCAGUUGCCUUUGCUCUAGCACAUUUUAAUGUACAGAGGAUGUUACCGCUUAUUUUUCUUGGGGUCGUGAUGGGUGCAAUUUAUACACGGUCAAGGAACUUGCUGCCAUCCAUGCUCUUGCAUAGUCUAUGGAAUGGCUUUGUAUUCUUGGAUUUGAUGAAAUAAAAUUAUUGCCUGUAAGUUCACCUAUUAAUCAGUUAUGUGUUCGUCUCCAUAUGGAACACAGAAUCUGGCAGAUUUUGUGGGCCGUGCUCUUUGAAGGGUACUUCUCAUGCUGUAUACCAGCAUUUCAUGAAUCGAUCUACUGAUUCUACUUUGUAGUUCUUUAAUUCCUUGAAGGAAUGAAGACAGUAUCUAUAUUGUGG